CCUCUGUGCUACAGCCUUGGUGAGGGGCGGAACAAUGGGCAGCUGCCAUCGUUUGUCUGGGAAGGAACAAAGGGCUGCAGCAUCCGCGUAAGCGGGUGAAACUCCUCGGGUGGUUAAAGGAGGCCUUAACCGCUGGCGCCCCCCCACCCCGGGUGUAAUCUGCCAAAGCCAUCUCCUUGCAAUGCAGCAGUAGAGCAAUUGUGAGCCUCUGCAGUAGAGCAGGAGUUAGACCUGCUUACACCACACUUCAAUUUGGCCCGACCACUGAAGGAGCUCUAAGCGCUUCCAAAACACUAGUGAAUUAAGCCUCGCCGUGCCCCUACGUGGCAGGGGAGUAUUGUUAUCCCUGGGUCUCAGACGGGGAAACUGAGUCAGAGUGCGGCUACAGGACUUGCUUUGGGACAUUCUGUGGCAGCGCGGGGAAUAGAAGCCAGAUCUCCUGAUCCCUAGUGCUGCGCUUGAGCCGCAAGGCCAUCCUGUGCAGAUCAGCUGACCGGCACAGACCUUGUGUGGUGGAGGGGAAUCUCAGCCAGAGCAGCAGUGACCGUCGUGGGUCUGUGCGACCUGUGCAGCUGCACAAGGGCCUGUGCUGCUCGGGCCCCCAUUGCUCUCACGCAACUGCCUGGCCAGCCAGAACACUGUGCCCCAGGGCUGGAAUCAAAACCUGCAGCACUGAGGGCAGGUCUACACUUAAAACGCUGCAUCGGCACAGCUGCGCCGCUGUAGCGCUUACGUGAAGACGCUCCUACACCGACAGGAGAGUUUCUCCCAGUGGCGUAGUUAAUCCACCUCCCUGAGAGGCGGCGGCUAUGUUGGCGGGAGAAGCUCUCCCAUCGAUAUCGCGCUGUCUCCACGAGGAGCUAGGUCAGUAGAAGUGCGUCACUCAGGGGGGUGGAUUUUUCACAUCCCUGAGUGAUGUAGUGAUACCGAUACAGGUCUGUAGAGUAGAUGUGGCCUGAGUCUGGGUCCUUCCGUUGGCCUGGCCCUGUCGGGACGUUGCUGAGAAUCAGGACGACGAAGGCCUAACAGUGUCAUGGUGGGUUCUGGGUCCCAGGAGCUGGUGUGGGUGGCAGCCGUGAUGGGGAAUCUCACCGUAAUGAGGAAUCUUGCUCUAUUCCUGUUCCCCGGUCUCUCAGACAGCGGUUGUUGGCAGCCAGUUUCAUCCUCUUGACUCUCCGCCCCUCACUCCUCCCAAAAGUGUUGGGUUUUUUUGAGGACCCCAGAAGGAUGCAAUGGGUAAACAGCCCUUCCCCUCGUGAAUUUGUUCACCAAUUAGACCUAAUUUCUGACACACCAAUUUUGGUCCAUUGAUUUUCGGUCCAACCCUUCUCUUGGUUACGGGGCAUGGCGUUAACACAGUCCCUGAGCUAUAUCAACAGGCCUUUUUGUUUGGACUCCUUUCCUCUCUGUGGCUUCCCUUUGCACCUUUCCCCAUCAACAUUUAUUACCGUAGGUGUGGUGCUGUUGUAGGAACGUUCACUCCUUACAGCUGAGCUCACAGCUUGGCCCAAUUAGUACCAUGGGCUUGAUCCCGGGAGCAUCCUCCAUGCUCCACAAGUCCUUGGGACUCGAGGGUGUUCAGCCUCACUCAGCAGUUGGAAGGAGGCUCAACCCCUGGCAAUUAGCUGUGAUUAACUCCCCAGCUCGAGCUUUGAGUGCCCAACGCUGCCCCACUCUGCAGUGUUUCUGGGGGGCAGUUUAAUUAGAGGGGCGCACGCUUUGGUGCUGCUGUGGGAUGAGUGUAUUGCACACGCCAGGCGCUCCUGGCAUCUCUCCAUUCCCCUCCCCCAAGGCCCCUGUGUUCACACUUCCACCCCCCUUAUUUCAGGGUUUCCCUGCACCUCCACUCAGGCCAGGGGCUCACCUUUCCCCAGAGUCACUGUUCGGUUCGUUUGACUUUUACAUCCUUUCCCGACAUGUUGGGAAGGAGAGACCAGCUCCGGGCUGGGGAGCAGCUAGAACCGGAGCAGACUCACAGCGUGGCCCCUAAGCAAGCCGAAAGCUUUUCUGAAAUCUCCGGAGGUUUGAUCAGGUGGUUGGUUUGUUGCAUUACAACAGUGCCUCGCGUGACAGUGUCCCGGGCAGGUUGUCUGCUGGGAUUGAAGUUCUGAAUCGAAGAGCGUCAGGGACCGAUCUGUAGCUUGUCACUCUUGGCCGAGGGAAAGUCCCCAGGGUGGCUACUAGAGGGGCGGUGCAAAGCAGGGAACAGAAAUACGAGGAGAACCUCUGCCGAGGCUCCCACCUGGUGAGGGAUCACCAGAGCUUUGGUGUAGUGCAGAGUGGGAGACAGAGACGAGAUGGGGGAAAAUCCUUCCAGCUGUGUUGAACACUAAUAGCUUCCUGUCCCACCAGGCCUAAAGAGGCAGUUACUGUCAGUGGGCUCUACUUACCCUCCCUCCCCCACCCCAGCCCCAGCCCCCUGUACAUCAGGGCAUAGGGCUGGUGGAUCUGUGUGGGUCGGAGACCCUCCUGCCCCAGUAGCACCCUAUCUCAAUCCAUCAUCAGAGCCAUGCACAGAGAGCCCCUGCACAGCCAUGAUCUGUAAGGCCUAUGCCAGAGCUUCUCUACAGACUCCACAAAUCCUGCGCCCGACACCCUGCAAUGGAUCUGUUGCGACUAUCUUGCAGACCCAGAGGAAAGGAUCAGGAUUUCCCUACAUAAGAACAGGGGUUUUCCGAAGUGCACAUGGCCAAAAUGUCCCCACUGUGAGCUGUCUGGUUGCUGUGCUCUGCACCAGAGGUGGCUGCAUCUCCAUGGCGCUGCAUGUCUGUGACUGGUGAUACAUUAGGAUUACGCUUUGGGAUCCUUCGGGGGAAGGUGACAUCACAAUGUUAUGUGAUCUGGGAUCUGCACUUUGAUUCCAUCUCACCAAUAUGCACAAGUUGUACACUGGUGCUAAUCAGCCAGCAUGACCGCAGGGCCUGUCUUGCAGCAGUGAUGCUGUGUGACUUGUAAGUUCCCUCAAAGCAUUGUGAAAUAACCUGCGAUCUCAGAGUCCGAGUCAACUGACUGAGGCUCGUGCUGCAGGGCUAAAACUAGCAGUGUAGACAUCCAGACUCGGGUCGGACCCAGGCUCUGAGACCCACCCCGUCGCCAGGUUUCAGAGCCCAGGCUCUAGCGCAAGCCCGGAUGUCUACACUGCCAUAUGUAGCCCUGCAGCUCAAUCCCAGGUUUACUGUGUACGUGCCUCCCCCCUGCCCCGCCCCCAGUGAGGCCUUACUGAAGUCACUUUUCCCCCUUUAUCCUGGCAGAAAGUUUCCUGGGAGUUGCGAGGACAUGGAGGUGGGGAACCUGACGGAGACGUGGUACCAAAGCCUGCAGUCAAUGCUGGAGGCCCUGAACCAAACGCUUCACGGUGCCAUCCUGUGCCCACCAGACCAGGCCACGGGGCGGACAAAUGGCAGUCACGUCAAGCUAGCCAGCAAGGACGACUAUUCCUACAUGUACAUCUUGUUUGUGAUGAUCCUGUUUGCCGCCAUGGUGGGGAGUUUGAUUCUGGGCUACACCAAGUCCAGGAAGGUGGACAAGCGGAGCGACCCCUACCACGUGUACAUUAAGAACAGGGUGUCUAUGAUCUGAGCAGGGCAGGGACACUGUUGCAAGGACAUGCACAGCUACCGGCAUCUGCCGUCUGCAGCAGGAAAAACCCUUUUCCCUGGUCCAAACUCUUCUCGGAGGGGCCGAAACACGUCUUCCUACGAGACAGCCACGCGGACACAUUUAGUGCAGAGGAGCAGCAGCAGGCGUGAUCUUGCACACAGGCAGAGAGCGCCAGACCUUUGAGGCCGCAGCAUAGUCAUGUGACGGCUCUGGACGCUUGCCAGCAGGCCUGUCCUUGAUCACUCUGCACCAGUUGCGAAGUUCCCGCCAACCUCCUUCUCCUCCAAAGGAGUGUCUCCAUUUACGCCAAAGGGCCCGGGGAUAGGCUGAUGGAAGGUCUUAAGUGUAUCCCAGAAUCCUUUGCUCCAAUGCAAAGGUGCAUGGGACGCAUGUGCGUGCUGCAAGUUCUUAGUUAUUGUGAUGUUGGACGCCAUAUGAGAUCAUAGAGAAAUGGAUGCAGAGAUCCCGGUGCACGGUGCACGCAGCUCAACAGCGAGUGGGCUCCUGACUCGGGCAGAGCAUGACACAGUUUGGGGACUGGAUGGGAGCACAAGGGGAGGGCCCCUCUUGUCUCCACCUAGAGUCCAGAACGUUGGUGCUGGGACCCGGCAUCGGUGUGUGGAGAUGCCUCUGUCAACUGAGCAGAGAAUGAAUGGCUGGGGGAUGAGCCAAUCGGAUGGUUUAAUUUCUCCCUCCACGUCCUGUCAGCCUCUCGCUAUGCAUGUGCGGCCUGGAGUCUAAUGGGGCUCUGAAUAGGGAGGCCUCCCAUUCUCAGGGCAGCAGCCAGAGAACAAAUCUGGGAGAAGGGAAAACGUUCUGUGGGGCUGAUCUCGAGAGGGGCUGGGCGCACGCAGCUCCCACUGGUCUCUGUCCCGAGGGCCAAAAGGGUCCGUAUGCCACGUAAGCUGUGUUCCCUGCACUGGGUAAACUGUUGUGCAUUUUAAUAAAUCCAAGGCCACGUAGCACACACAGUUGUUGGCUACCCAGAACUUCCUGGGGACAGCAGAGAUGGAGCUCAGCUCCUCCUAUUCCAAAAGCACAGGCUUCUACAUUUGUCGCUGAAAGAGACUUGUUAGCAAUAUAAGGCCUAUGGUAUACAGUUGUAGUAAUAGGAUUUUAUGUUUGUAGUUUGUAUAAUUUAAAAUGAAAAAUAAAGAAUAAUAAUGUA